AUGGAGAAUAUACACCAACCACCCAGCUGGUACACAACGACCCAGUACCUCAAGUUCAAGAUAGACAAGCUCUCCCAAGCUGCUGAGGCUCUCAUCACCCAAAUCCCAACAGGAUCCAUCAAUUGGCCUGCGGACCGACAACAAGUGCUGGCGUUGUUGGAGGAGAUGAGCCAGCUUGAUCUCCUCUACCUCGGCCUGCAAAACACCCUCCAGGAGGAGGCAGCUUGGGAGCAAAGCCCAGAAUACCAGCCGCGAUGGCCGUGGCCAAGAACCGACGAGCUCCUGCAGAUUAGAACCAGAGAGACGUUGGCUCAGGAGGCCAACCACUUGGAGUCGCAGAAGCGACAAAUCGACGCUUGGGUCACACGACAGGAGUCGCUGGAGGAGCAGAGGCGGCGGCAAAUGGACCAUAUCGGUCCUUUUCAGCUCGGCCCUCCGGCCCUGCGACAGGUCCAAAGAGAACCACAGCACCACCGGCUGAUGCCGGAUAACCCACAGCCUACUCGUCCGGUGGCUCAACCUCAGCCAGCUCGUCGCGCGGUUCAACCCAAGCCUGCUCGGCCCGCGGCUCAACCCCAAUCUCAGCCACGCCAGCGCCUCCCCCGCUUGGCUCCCAAGCCUGUGGUCCAGCCACACCUGCCUCAGGGGCAUCAACAAGUCCGGCAACAACAGCACCGUCAACAACAGCCCGCUGCCCCGGUUCGCCCUGCACCACUGAUGGCCUUGCAUCGCCAGGCACCACCCCAGCAGCCACCCCCCCAACAACCACAGCCUGAACAGGGACAACACCGCCGAGUGAGUUCCCUCACACAAUUUCUCAUCGACUGCGGCGCCAUUCCGGCAGAUUCUCCCUUGAUAAAGCCAGAGAAUUCUCCCGAGAUCAAGAAAGAGAGCCCUUCUCAAGUGAAGCCACAGCCGCGCGACUAA